AUGUCAGCAACAUCUACGGUGUUACCGACUAUUCAAUUGAAUGUUAAUUAUGGUGAGAUUAAGAACUCGAUUAAAGACUUUUUGACCACGUUUAAGGCAUCUAGUAUAAUUGACGAUGACUCGAUAGAUAUAGAUGAUAUUCCUCAAGGGUCAAAGUAUAUGAAUCUAUUACAACGUGUCGCUAAUAGAGAGCUCAGUACUUUGUAUAUUGACUUAGAUGAUGUUAAGUCAUAUCAUACUAAUCAAUUUGAGCAGUCGCAGAGUUCAGUCAACUUGGUUUCAUUCAUCUUAAAAAAUACCUAUCAUUUCGUGGAAAUGUUCUGCAAUGUUAUUGAUGAGUUGAUGCCGAAGCCGACCAAGGAUAUAUCGUAUAAGGAUGACGUUCUCGAUGUAAUUUUACAUCAAAGAACACUUCGUAAUUUAAGAUUACAGCAAGAUAACAAUGAUGAAUACAAUAAUUUGCGUGAAGGAUUCAAUGAAAAUGAUGAAAACAGAAACGACAAUCAGCAAGCUGAUAAUAUGUUUCCUCCAAAAUUAACUCGCCGUUAUCAUUUGUAUUUCAAGCCUUUGUCCUCUGAUCAUAAAAGUUUAUCUGUGAGACAAGUCAAGGGAGGAUACGUUGGAAAAUAUAUCACAAUUAGAGGAAUCGUCACCAGGGUUUCUGAUGUCAAACCAAGUGUCUUGGUUAUCGCAUACACAUGUGAUAAGUGUGGUUUCGAAAUUUUUCAAGAGGUGACGUCAAAAGUCUUCACUCCUUUAUCUGAAUGCACAUCACCUGUUUGCAAGGCUGAUAAUAACAAGGGUCAGUUGUUCAUGUCCACUAGGGCUUCAAAGUUCUCCAGUUUCCAAGAAGUUAAAAUUCAAGAAUUAUCUAACCAAGUUCCCGUCGGACACAUUCCUAGAUCCCUCACAAUCCAUGUUAACGGUGACUUAGUGAGACUGAUGAACCCUGGUGAUGUUGUGGAUGUCUCUGGUAUUUUUAUGCCUUCUCCCUAUACUGGAUAUAGAGCUUUGAAAGCUGGAUUAUUAACAGAGACUUAUUUGGAGGCUCAAUAUGUUAAACAACAGAAAAAGCAGUAUGAGUCGAAUGAAAUAACGAAUGAGGUGAAGUUAAAAAUCAAGAACCUAGUGAAAUCUGGUGACAUCUACAACAAGCUAGCCAAGUCUAUUGCCCCAGAAAUAUAUGGGCAUUUGGAUGUGAAAAAAGUGCUUUUAUUGCUUUUAUGUGGAGGUGUUACGAAAGAGAUAGGCGAUGGUUUGCGGAUUAGAGGAGAUAUAAAUGUUUGUCUUAUGGGUGACCCUGGUGUAGCUAAGUCCCAAUUAUUGAAGGCAAUUGGUAAAAUUGCACCUCGGUCCGUCUACACCACAGGAAGAGGAUCUUCUGGUGUUGGUUUAACUGCUGCUGUGAUGAGAGAUCCAAUUACAGAUGAAAUGGUAUUGGAAGGAGGUGCUUUAGUUUUAGCUGAUAAUGGUAUCUGUUGUAUCGAUGAGUUUGAUAAGAUGGAUGAGUCAGAUAGAACCGCAAUUCAUGAAGUUAUGGAACAACAGACUAUUUCGAUUUCCAAAGCUGGUAUAACCACAACCUUGAAUGCUAGAACAUCUAUAUUAGCAGCUGCUAAUCCAUUGUAUGGAAGGUAUAAUACCAGAUUAUCUCCCCAUGAGAAUAUUAAUUUACCUGCUGCAUUAUUAUCAAGGUUUGAUAUCAUGUAUUUGAUAUUAGACCAUCCUUCCAAAGAGAUGGACGAAAGAUUAGCAAACCAUGUCGCUUAUGUGCAUAUGCAUAACAAACAACCAGAGCUGGAUUUCGAGCCUCUAGAUUCUACCACCAUCAGACAAUAUAUUUCAAUUGCAAGAUCUUAUAGACCGGUUGUUCCAAAGGAAGUCGGAGAUUACGUUGUUCAAUCUUACAUUAAUAUGAGAAAGGAGUCCCAUAGGAACGAAGGUUCAGUUAGAAAAUUCAGUCAUGUCACUCCUAGAACUCUUUUGGGUAUUUUAAGGAUGUCACAAGCUCUUGCAAGAAUCAGAUUUGAUACCGUUGUUACUGAAGAGGAUGUCGACGAAGCUUUGAGGUUGAUUCAAGUGUCAAAGUCGUCUUUGUAUGUCAAUGACGAAAAGAUUAGAGAGGAUGAGUCUUCUACUUCCAAGAUAUACCAAAUCAUUCGUGGUAUUGCAAUGGGUGAUGGAUCCAAAUUCACUUCUUCUCUUCCAAUGAAUGAACUUAAACAAAGGGUCAUCGCAAAAGGUUACACGGUCGAGCAAUUCACCGACUGUAUCUUAGAAUAUGACCAUAUUGGAGUAUGGCAGCAGAUUGAUAAUGGAGAAACCUUAAUGUUCAUUGAUGGUGACGAUGAUCAUGAUAUGGAAGAGUGA